AUAUUGAUCGUGUAGACACAGUAAUAAAUUAUGACGUUCCUAUAUAUAUGAAAAAAUAUGUUCAUCGUGUCGGAAGAACGGCUAGAGCCGGACGUAAAGGCGAUGCAUAUAGCAUUGUUGAGACUCAAGAGGUAUUGCGUUAA